GCGCACUGCAGUAAGGCUACAUUCAGCAAUGCACGCGAUUGGACUGUGGAUGUGAUGGAUAUUGAGUGUUUGUCGGCAAAAGAGAUCACAUUUGGGUUUUCAUUAAGAACAAAGUUUGCUUGCAUGAAAACAUCAGUUGAAUUAAUAGCGUUUGUGCAGUUCCUCAUCCAGUGUGACUGAGUGGUUCAAAGCCACUGUAUCCUUCAACAGAUGAGAAGCAACCAGUUCCUACAACUUCAGUUGCCAGCACUAGGGGAAAAGAAUGGUGUUUAUGGCAGAAAUCUCAAAACAUAUCGAAAUCAUCCCACAAAAAUAAUCACCCAGCCUGGAAUCGUAAUGAAAGUGUUGCGGAGAAAAAGAAUCAUACUGUUUAUAGCGUAUUUUCUGCUGUUAGUUCUUACCAUGUUGAACUUGGCUAACUACAGGUGGACUAAAGAACCUCAACAGUGUAAUCUCCAGAUGAGAAGCAUUCCAUAUCAGGACAGGUCAGACAUUCGAUUCCUUUACAGACCAUCUCUUGCUAAGAAGAGACAGCUCGUCUAUGUUUUGACCACAUGGAGGUCUGGCUCAUCCUUUUUCGGAGAGCUAUUUAAUCAACACCCAGAGGUUUUCUUUCUGUAUGAACCGAUGUGGCACAUCUGGCAAAAGCUGUACCCGGGAGAUGCUGUGUCCUUACAGGGAGCAGCAAGGGACAUGCUAAGCUCACUGUACCGCUGUGAUCUUUCAGUUUUUCAGCUGUACAACAGCCCUGGGGGCAAAAACUUCACCUCCCUUGGACUUUUUGGGGCCACACUUAAUAAAGUCAUCUGCUCGUAUCCUCUUUGCUCCGCUUAUAGGAAAGAAGUGGUUGGGAUGGUGGAUGACAAAGUGUGCAAAAAAUGUCCUCCACAAAGCCUCAGGCUCUUAGAGGAAGAAUGCCUUAAGUACAACACUAUAGUCAUAAAAGGGGUCCGGGUUCUGGACGUUAAUGUUUUGGCGCCCCUUAUGGAGGAUCCGUCUCUGGAUCUCAAGGUGAUUCACCUUGUGCGAGAUCCCAGAGCCGUGGCCAACUCCAGGAUCAAAUCGAGGCACGGGUUGAUUCGUGAGAACUUGCAGGUGGUUCGAAGCAGGGAUCCCAAACUGCGUCGGAUACCCUUUGUGGAUCCUGGCCACAAAAUUAGCAAAAAGGACGGAGCAGAUUACCAUUCGGUUGGAGCUAUGGAGGUGAUAUGUGAUCGGACGUACAGGAGCCUGUGGACUGCCUUAAAUCCGCCCAGCUGGCUGAAAGGGAAAUACCUGGCGGUGCGCUAUGAGGAUCUGGUGGAAAACCCUGUCAAAACGCUCCGGAAUGUUUAUCAAUUUGCUAAUCUCAGUGCCAACCUUGACAUCGAGUCUUUUGCUCUUAACAUGACGAAUGGCACAAGCUCUUCCUCAAAGCCAUUUAUUGUGUCUGCCAGGAAUGCGACACAGGCGGCCAGUGCAUGGAGAACAGUGUUGAGUAUUCAACAGAUAAAACAAGUGGAGGAGUACUGCCAUCAUGCAAUGGCAAUCCUGGGUUAUGAACGUGUGAGAACAGCUGUAGAAGCAAAAGACUUGAGUAAAUCUUUAUUGACUGCUUCCAAACUGUGACAGAGUUCCCUCCCCAGAGAAAUGCCCACCUGAAACGGAGCACCAACUCUUUAUGGAAUGUCAUAGCACUUUGUGGUCAUUCAAUAGCACCCUUACUUUUCUAAAUGGACCUGUAGAUGUUUGAUACAGCAGCAUCUUUGAACCACAACUGGAAAAUGUAUAUUGUACAAACCAAAUGUUGCAUUGCCCUUUUUUCCCCCAAAAUGGAUGCUUAAGGUUGUUUGGAAUGUUCUAGGUCUGUUUUUGAGUUUCAAUUAAUUUGCUGUAUGUAAAAUUGAGAAAUGAAAAUGGAAAAUGAGCAAAAAAAAUACUGAUCAAAACUGUUAUGUGG